GGAGCACGCGUGUGACGGACAGUCUUCCAACACAGAAACAGACGAAGCAUAACUAAGGGUCUUCAUAUCCUGUGGCAAUGGCUAUGGUAAUGGCGCAGCCUAUGGCAGUGGCGCAGCCUGUGGCAAUGGCGCAGACUGUGGCAGUGGCGCAGCCUGUGGCAGUGGCACAACCGCAGGUCAUGCUACAGCAAUCUCAGACAGUGGCACAUCUUCAGGUGAACCCCAGAAAGUGGGACUCUGGCAUAUUAAGCUGUGCCGAAGAUAUGCCAAGCUGCUGCUUUGGAAUGCUGUGCCUGCCUCUCCUGCAGAUGGAGGUCGCACAGGCCAUGGGAGAGAGCUGUUUGGUGACCCUGCUUUGUGGGACCUCUGUGGCUAUGAGGACUGGAUUCAGAGAGAGACACAAGAUCGAGGGAUCCAUUGCCGAUGACUGGUUUAAUAUGUGUUUGUUCCACCCUUGUGCCUGGUGUCAGAUGGCUCGGGAGGCCAAAAAGCGUAAGACGACAGUAGUUGGUCUUGCUGGCCCAACCGUGUUUGUCGGACGCUAGAGCCCAGGAUCGGAGCAGGAGGAGGAGGCUGGGAGCCCUGCAGGAACCCCCUCAGCUUACAGCACAAGCAGAUGCGUCAGCAGCUUUCUCAGCGAUUUUAUAUGGAAGUGUCUAUAUUCACUGCACCACCUACCAGCAAAAUAUAUAUAUAUAUAUAUAUAUAUAUAUAUAUAUAUAUAUAUAUAUAUAUAUAUAUAUAUAUAUAUAUAUAUAUAUAUAUAUAUAUAUAUAUAUGCAUAUGCAUUUCUAAGUGAUUCUAAAUAAUUGAUCACCAAAUAGGGUUGUAUUGUGGAAUUGCUUUUCACUUGAACAUUCUCUUGUAGCGUUUGGUGCACCGAAUCUGUGCCCAGGAUUAGAUGUAGUGGGAAUUUGACAGGCUGGUUUCACAGAUUUCACAUCACGGAUAUACCGCGCUGUCCGAGGUGCUGAAAAUAAAUUGAGAGACAAGCUGUGUAAGUUUCUUAAUUGACCCGUACAUUUUAAUUUGCUUACAAAUUUGCUUCUGAUUGCACCUAUAUAUGUAUUUAUAUGUAGUUUAUAUAUAGUUAGUUUGUUACCCUAAUUCCAGGUAAUUGUUAUACAUAAGGUGCACAUUUAACCUUUAUAUAAUAAGGAGCUGUUUAUGUAUUUCUGUAAUAAAUAAACAACACAUUUUUGAA